AAGAGCAAUACAGAAGUAGCGCCAGGAGCAGCGCCUCCUCGGGGGUAGUGGCAAACACAGAGAGGAAGUCUGUUUUUCAGAAUUGCCUUAAAAAAAAAGGCGAAUAAGAGACCGCCAAUUUCUGGCUUUCUUGUUUUAGGAUUACUUUGCUCAGGGAUUGCCUAGAUCAAAGUGUGACUUUCCUCAGGCGCUUGCAUCUGCUUAGUUUACAAAACUGCAAAUCCCCAAGACUAACACUGCGCCAAAAAGAGAAAAAGCACAUCCCAUUUUCCCUCUUACCCUCCCUUCCUUUUUUUCAUUUCUCCCUUCCUCCUUCCCUUUUGCUGUUUUUCUCUCGAAGGGUCUGUCUCCGCGACUGGGUUUAGCAACUUCUUAAUUAUUUUCUCAUCCAUCCAUUCCCCUUCCCUUUCUUCUUCCUCUCCCCUCCUCUAUCAGCUUUUCGAUUUCUUUCUUUUUUUUUUUUUUUUAAAAACUGACCUGGACUGGCGCCCCCCGCCUUCAUCCCACAACCCAGCUUUCCUACUUAGCCCAGGGGAAUGGCGAUUCUAGUCUGGCGGCGGUGCUGGAAGGGACUGGAGCAGGAGAGGAAAGAGUGAUAGAGAAAGGACAGGGAGAAGAAAGGGAGGGGGGCGGAGAGACUCCAUCUGCUUUUGGAGCUCAGCUAAAGGCUGGGGCCAGCGCUAGUGAGUUGCAAGGAGAUGGCCUAGAGAUUAACUAGCACUUUUGACUUGUCCUUCUACUGCUGCUGCUACGAUUGCUGCUGCUUUGACUCCAGCCCUCCGCUAGCACGCGAAGGAUGCAUUUCACAGUUUUAAAAGACCUCAAGUAAGAAUCCACCCGGGAGAAUGUGUAUGGGUGAGGGAAGAGACUUUGGGGGGUGGUUGUUUAAAAGCUCAAGAAAAGUAGGGUCGUUUUCUCCCAUGCCAGCUUUGAACUUUCAAGAACCCCUUUGGUAGCAUCUUAUUCUCCCCUCCCCACCCCCAUUCUUCCUCUCCCUCCACUUUUAGUAGCAAGUAAUUGCUUAUUGUGGAGCUGCAACUUAAGGCGAUUUGGGGAGGGGGGUUUAAAAGAGAAAGAAAUUAAGGCAGUAGGAGCUGGUACCCCAUUUGGUGUUUUAGUGAAUAAGGCUAAAACCAUGGCUCCGACUGGAGAGGUUGCUGAUGUCGGUGAUGAAUCCAGCAGUGGCAAGGAGGCUGAGUGUCAGAUCCCGGGGUCCGAUUGCAACGGUUACCCUUGUAACGCCAAGCAUUUGCCCCUGAGCCCUGCUAGUCCCUCGAGACCGCCCCGGGACCCAGGCUGCCAGGUCCGCUGGGGAGACUUGGUCUUGAACAAGCUCCGGAGCUCCCGGAAACUUUCCUCAGCGCUCUGCGCUGGCUCGCUCUCCUUUCUGCUGGCGGUCGUGGUGAGGCUGGUUCGAGGCGAGAUCAGCUGUGACCUGGAGGAGAGUCAGGAGGAGGCGGAGGCGGCGGCGGUGGCGGCGGCGGCCGCAGCGGCGGAGGAGGAAGCAGCAGCAGCAGCAGCAGCAGCAGCAGCUGAAGGGGGCGUCUUAAAUCUGCCUCGGGGAGGUCCUCUGAGCGGAGGCUGGCAGCUCAGCUCUGGGCUGCAGCCCGCGGCGCUGCUCUUCGGUUUUCUGUGCGCCUUUUUUUGGAUGGGCUUGUACUUGCUGCGCUCCGGGGUCCGACUGCCUCUCGCGCUCUUGCUGUUGGCCGCCUGCUGCGGGGGGGAAGUAAUUGUCCACAUCGGUCUGGGAGUCCGCGAGGAUCACUUGCUCUCCCUCCCCGCCACAGGGGUGGUGCUCAGCUGCUUGGCCGCCGCGACAUGGCUGGUGCUGAAGCUGAGACAGGGUGUCCUCAUGAUCUUCUUGAUUAGUGCGGUGAGGACCGCGUCCUUGAUUUCUUUAGAGAGGGUCAAGGUCGCCUGGAGGCCAUACCUGGCUUACUCAGCUGGGCUUGUGGGGCUGCUUCUAGCCAGGUACCCGGAGAAAAUCUUGCCCCAACCGAGAGAAGCCGCCCGGAGAGAGGAUUUUGGCACCCAGCUGGUUGUAGGGACUAAAGAAGAGGUCUCGGUGUUGAAGAGGAGGAGGCGGUCCAGCUCCAUGAUCUCCUCCGAGAUGUCCGGCUGCGGCAGCAAGUCUCAUCGCAGGACCUCCCUGCCCUGCAUACCUAGGGAACAGCUCAUGGGACAUUCUGAAUGGGACCACAAACGAGUGUACAGAGGGUCACAGUCCUCAGGUACAAGUAUUACUGUUGAUAUUGCUGUGAUGGGAGAAGCACAUGGCCUUAUUACAGACCUCCUGGCAGAUCCUUCUUUGCCACCGAAUGUGUGUACCUCCUUGAGGGCUGUGAGCAAUUUGCUUAGCACACAGCUGACUUUCCAAUCAAUUCACAAGCCAAGAGUGAGUCCUCUGAUUUCCUUCAGUGAAAAUUACACCUGUUCUGACUCAGAAGAAAGCCCUGAAAAAGAGAAACUGGCUAUUCCCAAGCGUCUGAGAAGGAGUUUGCCACCAGGAUUACUAAGACGGGUUUCAUCCACUUGGACAACCACCACCUCAGCCACAGGCUUGCCAACGCUGGAGCCUGCACCAGUGAGGAGAGACCGGGCUGGCAGCAGCAAAUCUCAGGAAGCAUCUUCCUCCAGUGCUGUUAGUCCUGAUUCUUGGACCAUGACCAAAAGCAGGUCCUUCUCUACUUCCUAUGCUGUCUCUGCAGCUAAUCAUGUGAAUUCUAAAAAGCAAAGUCGACCAGGUGUUCUAGCUAAAAUUUCACCUCUUUCAUCCCCAAGUCCUUCACCUAUUCAAGGGAGCCCAGCCAAUAGUCCAAUCAGCAAAAUUUCUGCAAUGCAGUUUCCAGAAACUGCAGAGGUAACUUCCAAAAAAGGCCUAAGCUCUCACAGAAUCUUAACAUAUACUCAGAGUGCACCAGAUCUUUCUCCACAGAUCUUCAUGCCAUCUGUUAUAUGUACCAGUUGUGGCAGACCAUAUAAUCAGGGGAACUCUGCUGGUGGGGCACUAGGAAGUGGCAAUGUAGCUGCACGUUCACCAAACAGAACAGAUGACACAGCUCAAGUGACUUCUGACUAUGAAACCAAUAAUAACAGUGACAGCAGUGAUAUUGUCCAGAAUGAAGAUGAGCAAGAGUGCUCUAAAGAUUCAUUGAGGAAAGAAUCUCAACACAGCUCAUAUAUCCCUGAAACCAUCGUAUUUAUGCCAGAUAAGCCUAUUCUUGCUCCAGAGCCUCUUGUCAUGGAUAACUUGGACUCAAUAAUGGAAAAACUAAAUACUUGGAAUUUCCCAAUCUUUGAUUUGGUGGAAAAGAUAGGGAAAAAAUGCGGCCGAAUUCUGAGUCAGGUAUCAUACAGACUUUUUGAAGACAUGGGACUCUUUGAAACUUUUAAAAUUCCUGUAAGGGAAUUUAUGAAUUAUUUUCAUGCCUUGGAGAAUGGAUAUCGGGAUAUUCCUUAUCACAACAGAGUGCAUGCCACUGAUGUUUUACAUGCUGUUUGGUAUCUUACUACUCAGCCUAUUCCAGGCCUCUCCACUGUGAUGAAUGACCAUGGAUCAGCAAGUGAUUCAGAUUCUGAUAGUGGAAUCACACAUGGACACAUGGGAUAUGUAUUUUCAAAAAUGUAUUCAGCAGCAGAUGAUAAAUGUGGAUGCCUGGCUGGCAAUAUCCCUGCCCUAGAGUUGAUGGCUCUCUAUGUGGCUGCAGCCAUGCAUGAUUAUGAUCACCCAGGAAGGACAAAUGCUUUUCUGGUUGCAACUAGUGCACCUCAGGCAGUUCUAUAUAAUGACCGUUCAGUUUUAGAGAAUCAUCAUGCAGCUGCUGCGUGGAAUCUCUUCAUGUCCCAGCCAGAGUAUAACUUCUUAGUCAACCUUGACCAUGUGGAAUUUAAGCAUUUCCGUUUCCUUGUCAUUGAAGCAAUUUUGGCCACUGACCUGAAGAAACAUUUUGAUUUUGUAGCCAAAUUCAAUGCCAAGGUGAAUGAUGAUGUUGGCAUAGAUUGGACUAAUGAAAAUGAUCGUUUAUUGGUUUGUCAAAUGUGCAUAAAGUUGGCUGACAUCAAUGGACCAGCUAAAUGUAAAGAACUUCAUUUACAGUGGACAGAUGGUAUUGUCAAUGAGUUUUAUGAACAGGGUGAUGAAGAGGCCAGCCUUGGGCUUCCCAUAAGCCCUUUUAUGGACCGUUCUGCUCCUCAGUUGGCAAAUCUUCAGGAAUCUUUCAUCUCUCAUAUUGUGGGGCCAUUGUGCAACAGUUAUGACUCUGCAGGACUGAUGCCUGGGAAAUGGGUGGAAGACAGUGAUGAAUCAGGAGGAGACACAGAUGACCGGGAAGAAGUAGAACCAGCAAAUGAAGAGGAAACUUGUGAAAAUGUUGAAUCUGCAGGACAGCAGACGUUCAAAAGGAGGAAAAUCUACUGCCAAAUAACUCAGCACCUCCUUCAAAACCAUAAAAUGUGGAAGAAAGUCAUUGAAGAUGAGCAACGACUAGGCAGUGGGAUGGAAAAGCUAAGUCUAGAAAAAUCCACCCUACAUCAAUCCUCAGAGCAAAUCCAGGCAAUCCAGGAAGAGGAGGAAGAAAAAGGGAAACCAAAAGGAGAGAACACAGCUACAAAUCUGACCCAAUGACAAUUCACCAAGCAUUACUUUAAGCCAGAUUGACUUGUGCACAGACUCCUUGCAAGCCAGCACAACAUUUAGACACAACACUGUAGAAAUGUGGGAUAACACACCAAUGGCUGUUUCACUUGGAAUGUUUUUGUCAGGAUUUUGUGUUUUGUUUGUGUUUGUGUUUUUUUUUGUUGUUGUUGUUUCUUCUUUUUUUUCAGUGAGGUACAUUGCUUAAACUCAUAUGCUCAGAGAAGCUUUCUCACUGCAACACUGGCUUCCACAAUUUUUUUUUAUUUAAGGAAGAAAUAUAUGCAUCUGUGUGUAUGAACACACACAUGCAACACCCAGACACAGACACACAUAUAAUCACACAGAGCCAGAGUUAUUGUCUGUACACUUCUGCGACAUUCAUAUAAAAUAUAUAAUGGUCACUAUUAUAGUGCAAGUCAUAAAAGGGAAUUGUGCUACCUGAUACAUUUGUGUGUGCAGGUACACGUGUGUGCAUGGGGGUAGGAGCUGGGAAAGGGUAUGCUAGAGUGUGUGUGUAGGGGAAAGAGAGUGAUCGUUGAGAAUUUAGUAGAUUAGCUAUAACAUGCGAUUCAGCACAUGUGAACAAACAUAAGGUGCCAGUAUUAAGAAAGUUAUAUCUGUAGUGAUGUGGAAGCAGACCCUAUAAUAGAUGUUCUGUUUUGAGAGGCAAUAAAAUCUCCCCUUGCAGUAGAAGGUGCACUCACUGCUGUCUUCUUGCCAGGGCCAUGUCACUGGCAAUACUGCUCUUACGCCUUUUAGAGGCAUGCUAUAACCAACCUCAAACCCAUGGGAGCACAGGUGCUUUACAUACACUUUAGCCAAAUGAACAUAGGAAAAAUAGUGCGUACAAGCAGUCUGUUUACCAAGGGUUAAGGCAACAGAUGAAGACAAAAUAGCAUUCUUUAUUAUUUAAGGAAAGACCUGUGAUCAAAUCAUCUAAUCAGGUUAUUAUUCUAGCCAGAUGCAGAAGAAGGGGGGGGGGAUAGACAGUAGGCUAGAGAAUAAAUUACAUCUUUGCAAUUAUUCUCCCAUGACUUCCAUAUUUCUUAUAAAUUUUUAAGCAUGUUUUAGGACACAGCUAUAAAGAAUGAAAUGUUUCUAACUGCUUAUGUGGUGUUCUUAAAUUACAGUGGAAGUUUUAUAUCUUAGUAACUAAUAAAGAUUGGCUUAUUAGAGGAGCCAGCGAAAACUGCAACUACCCAGCAUGAAAGAGUAGCAUUACACCUGCUGUGUGAUAUGGGUUAUCUAGCUUCGAUUUCCAGGCUUUGGGUACACCAGUGUGUUGUUUUUAACAAAGAAGGAAAUUGUAUAGAGAUUGGGCCUGUUAUUGAGGUUUUUUUUUUGUUUUAUUGUUGUUGUUGUUUCCACACUUGUUUAUGCUGUGAGCCAAACCCCUUUUUAAAAUUAGUACUCACUUUCGAUAUAUUUUAUUUCAUAAAAUAUUAUAUUUGUCAAUAAUUAGUUGUUAUGGUGUAAAUAUGAAGAAUUUUUUUGGCCUUGUAGAUAGUAUACUCUUAAGAAAAUAAAAGGGGAAAAGGGACACAUUUUUAUAAAGUUAUUUUUUUAUCACCAGUUUUAUACAUUGUAGCCAUCUCCAACCCCAGCGAUAAAGUUGUGCAUGGUUAGCAUAGAGCCCUGUGGCUACACUGGUCUUUGUAUUCUGAGUUAGAAUCAAAGAUGUGAGAAGUUUAUGCCAGCUAUACUGAUAUCCAUUGAAAAUUUGCCAGUAAUUUUUGCCCACUAAAAGAAUUAGCUUUCCAUAUUUUCUAAGGUAGAAGAUAAUUAGGUAUUAGUCAACUCAUCUAAAAGGUAAUUUUUACUAAGUCCCUGUCUCCCUUCGUUUUUUUGUUUAUCACAUAAUGCUUUCUGUGGACCUGCUGACAAUGCAAAAAAGAAAAUAGAAUUUGUUUUCUUAUAAAUACAUUUAUUUGUCUCUUCUUUUUCCAUUAUUCAUAGAAGCAAAUAUUUGCAUAAAAUACCUUUAUUUCUCAUAAACAGAUCUAUUCUCCUCAAUCAAUGAUUUUGCAAUGAUCUGUAGUGUUUUUGUAAAUAGGCAAUGAAAUAAAUAGUAGAAAAUACCAUUUCUCCACUAUUUUCACAUUAUGAGAGGGGGAAUAGAAGAAAACAGAUGUGAAGCAAAUGUUUAUCUAAAGCACUAGAAUAGAUUUCAAAUAUUUCAGUAUUCUCUUUUUUUAAUUAUGAACAUCUUUACUAUUGAAGUGUACUGUUUUGAUUCUCCUUGACAUGAUGGUCAAAUGGCUUUAUUUUUUUCACAAAUUAUUCUGAAUCCAAUAUGCUUCUUACAGGGACUUUAAGCAUUUGACUGUGUAGGUAGAUUUUUUUAAUGUGGUUUCCCAGCCAUUGCUUCUGAUAUUCUACUAAAAGUGACUUUUUAGGUGUUUUCUAAACUGAAAAUAAAGCCAACAGGUAUAGUCUAGGAAAGUAGUACAUUGGGUAAAUAGACAGGGAGAUGGUCUUACCAAAAGUACAAAGCUGCUUCUUAAUACAAGUUAGAAAUGUCAGAUUGCAGAUGGCCAAGCAAUGGUCUUCAUCUUCCAACUUGCCUGUGUACUUAAGAAGUUCAUUAAUCAUGGGAAGGUAUUAUAAAUAGGGAUUGUAAAUAGUCCUUCCCCAAAAUUCAUUCUUCAGACCGAAGCAAAGUAAUUAUAUUUAGAAGUUAUUCUGAAAGAAAAACAGUUCUUUAACAAAGGAAGAAAUUGGUUGGUAAAUAUAGUAUGCACAAAUAUAUCCAUGAUGGUUUUCAUACUAAUGCAAUUAACUCCAAAUUUGGUCCUAGGGAUAUUGUCUAAUAUUUUCCUUUGGUGACAAAGUAAUAUUGAUGCGUAUUUCCAUUUCCCUCAGCUAUUUCCUAUGGUGCCAGUAUAUCUAUUGCAAUUGAUUCUGUUUUUAUAAGCAUCUAUUUGUAGGUAUAGUUAGACAAACUCAGGUCUUAUUAAUGAAGGGAUUUCUAAUCAGUUUAAUUAAAAGGCUCAUUCUUUAUAUAAACUCUAAAAAGAGAUACAGAUAAAGUUGAUAAUAAUUGAUUGCUUUAAAUUGAAUAAAAAAAAUCACUUCCAGGGUGCUAUUAGGACCUCUUUUCAAUCACUAUCUACUGUAACUGAUCUAGAUGAAUGAGGACUCUUAGGACCUUCAGAAAGUGGUUUCUACCAUGAAACAAUUAUAAAAAUUUCCCAAGACUAGAAUUUUAGCUGUAAACAAUCUUUUUGUUUAUUUUUAUAAUUAAUAUGUAAACACGGUUUUGAUAUGAGUAAAAGAUGAAGACAUUAGCUUUGUUCAGAAAUUUAUGUAUGUCAGUCUUCAUCACAUAAGAGCGAGCAUCCAACAUCAGGCAACAAAAAUUGUAUACACUUUUGUGAAUGAAGAUUGUUUGAUUCUUGUUAUCUUUUACUUGUUGUCCUGGACUUACCUCCCCCCUCAGAAGCCCAGUCAGUGAAGUCAUGUUAAAAAAAAAAGAGUUGUAUUUCAUCUACAGUGUUCACAUUGAAACCCAGAAAUAUAAAACGUUGGUUUGAAAUUACUAUAUGUAACAUAUGCCUUAUAAUGAAUUUUCACUCUAUUCCUAUGUGUCCCCAUUGUCUCAGCCUUAAAAGUCCAUUUAAGUGUAAAAGUUGUGCUGGGGGGAUGAGACCUAACACUUGUUUAAGUAAUAAUUUAAAAAAAAAGAAAUUUAAAGUAUUUUCUAAGUAAUAAAUUUAUACAAAUUUUCAUUCUAAAUAAAGGUUAAGGUUUGAAAUGAUUAACAAAUAGAGACUUUGAUUGUUAUGUAGUCAACUCUCAAUUAUCCACAUUACUAGAGAGAAGUAAAUGGUAAAAAUCCAAAAAAAAUUACAUUUGGUUUUAGAAAAUGUUUUAUGUUUAAUUUUAGAUAGGUAUAUCCAGUGUUUACAGAAUUCACAUUAUUUCAAACAAUAAUUAAAAUAAGCUAUAAAAUUCAGAUUGUCUUGAUUCUAUAUCCUGCCCCUUCUUCAAUUCAUUUGCUGAUUUCCACUCCAUUAUGACAGAGAUGCUACUGGCUCAUGGAAAUAGCUUAAAACUUAUUUCUGUGAAUAUGUUAAUUUACUUCUAGAUUAGAGUAAAGCACAUUUUUGCACAUGUUUAAUAGAGUGAAGUAUUUUGUUAUAUAGCAUAGAUAAUAAUAUCCACAAGAAUUUGAAGGCAGAUGGGCACAUCUUCAGAUAGUUGAGGAUUGACUGCAUUCUGAAAUGAAAUUGUGUUUCUUUCAUCUAUAUUUUCUUAACAAAUCUCUUAUCAACUGGAUUCCUUUGCAAAUAAGUUCAAGUUACCAGACCUGGACUUUCCAGAAUACUGAAAAACAAAAAAUAAAAACUGGUGGAUUAUGACUGCUCAACUGCAGCCGAUAAUUGAACAAUCAUGGAAAAUGGGAGAAGUUCCACAUACUGGAGGACAAAUGUUAUUCUGCUUUUCAAAAAAAGGGCAAAGAAUGGAGUCUACAAAUUAUAAGCUCAACUUUGAAUCCUGGCAAAAUUCUAGAUGUAUUUUUACAGGAAUGCUUAGCGAACAUCUAAAAAAGAAAGGUGAUUGCCAAGAACCAGCCAACAUGGCUCUGGCAAAAAGAGAUCAUGCCAAAUUAAUCCCAUUUCCUUUUGUUUUUGAAGGGUUUAGUACACUUGCAGAUGAUAGAAAUAAUAGAGAGACAGUUGUUCUUAAUAUUAUGAAAACAAUUGACAAAGAGUCUCUUGCUAUUGUGAACAAAAUGAAAAUAUUUAGGAGAGACAAUUAGUUGUCUUGAGAACUGAGUUACAGAGUAGUCAUUAAAAGUGCAGUAUCAUGGUAGAAUGAAGUUACCAGUGGAGCUCACUAGAGAUUUAAAUAGUUUUACUCUUUUUUUUAAUAGAUGAAACCCUUGUUAAAUUUACAGACAACUAAAAUCCUAACAUACCAGAUGACAAUCAGGACCCCAGAUGAUCUCAAUAGGUUAAAUUGUUGGAGCAAAUUCAAUAAGAUGAGAUAUAAUUAAUUUAAUGUUUUAGACUUAACCUCGAAAAAUGAAUUUCACAAAUAUAAACUAGGGGAGGCAUGACAAGAAAAGAGUGCAUCUAAAAAGAUUCUGGGUGUUUUAGUUGGCUGAAACUUUGCUAGCAAUCAACAGUGUAAUAUGGCAACCAAAAUAACGUUCUCAUUGAGAAACAUAGUCCCUGGGGCAAAGGAUGUUAUGCUAUACCUGCACAUCACCAUGGUCAAAUUACUUCUGUAGUAUUAUAUUUAAUUCCAAGUAAUAUGACUCAAGAAGGACAAUCAAAGUCAUCUCAACAAGGGCAGAGAUAAUAAAAUACUGAAAGAUGAUAUUGUUUGAAGGAAACAGAAGCAGAAGAGAAGGCUUGGAGGUGGAGUGAAGAGGUGAUGUUAAUGUCAUUAUGAAGGGCUCUAAUAUGGAAGAGGAAUUGGAUUUUUUUUGGCGCGGCCCCAGAGAACAAAACUUGCAUGAAUGAGUAGAUGUUGCAAAGCAGCAAGUUUAGACUUCAUGUGAGGAAAAUUUGCUGAAAAUUAGAGCUAUUCAAAGGUAGAAAGCAAUGCUUUAGAUGAUAAUGCCUACCACACAAAGGAAAGACAACAAUUUGGCUGUAUCAUAGAUUAGAUUCUUAUUUAAGCAAGGAUUAGGCUAGAUGAACCACAGCAUUCCUUCCAACACUAAUAUCCUGUAAUUUUGAUACUUUUUAUUAAUUCUAUGAACCACUAUUUAUUUUUGUUUUGCUGAAGAGAAAUAACAACCUUUAUUUUUGUCUCCUGGGGGGCUUUUAAGCAUUUUUUUCUCCUGAUAAUAUUUUGACCAUUAUCUUUUUAAGUGAAAUUUGUUGGUAAUUGUAGUGAAUUGUUGUCAGUCAUGGGUCACCUGAAUCUCACCUUCUUUUCCACUUUGAAGCUUUGAAAGCACUAUUUGUCUUGGGUAAUUCUUUUUCUGGCUUUGUUGAGAAGUAAUCAUAACUUUUGGAGUUCAAGACUACAAGAUUAACUCUUUGGCAUGAAAAGUGUCUACAAAUGAUAUCAUAGGACUUUAAGAAGAAAUUAUUCCAAUUUUGGUUGCUAGACUCAAAGUUUUUUUUUUACUACCAAAGAAUUAACUCAGACUAUUUGCUAAAUUUUGGAGAUUUUAAAAAGUGAAAUUAUAAUUUUUUAAUUGCUUAAAGGACUUAAAACUGAAAUAUGAAGGAGAAAUUUUGCAUUAAUAAUUUGAGUUAAUAUGGUAUAGCAUUUUCUAGUCUAUACCAAAGUCAUUUAAUUUGAUGUGCCUAAUUGCAUAGUAUGUGGUAUUAGCCAACAAAUUUCAUUUUGAGAAUGGAAAGAAUGCUAAGGAGAUACAGUAUUAUUUUUUUUUAACUUUACCUAUUAACUCUGCCUCAGAAAUCAUUCUAGCUAUAUGUUAAUGUUGGAAUAAAAAAAAAUAAAUUGAGAAUUGGAUACUGCACAUGAUUGAAAAUGGUGCAGUACAGUUGAGGAACUGAUUAGGAUCCUAAGGCCUUUUAAACAACUCUCCUGCUCUGUAGUCUUAAUAAGGAAGCUUUUGAAAAUUCUACAGUCAGGAAAAGCUAUUUCAGCAUAAACAACAACCAUAAAUAAUAACUAGGGAAUUACGAUAUAAUAGAAUUGAAAAAUUUUUAAAUGAAUUUGGUAUGAGCACAAAAUCCCUGUUAGAACUGAAAUAGUCUUCUUUUGGACCAGGAAGGGCCUCUCAUUCUUGCACCCCUAAAAUCGAUCUCUAAGAAUAUCUGGUAAUUUUGGAGUGGUACACAAUGCAUAUAAUGAACUCUUUUCUUGAUGCCAAGAGUUUGUGUGGUUUCACAGAGAAAAGUAGUAGGUUAUAUUGUGCACUUUCUCAGAUUUUCAUUUUAAUCCCCCAAAUCUGGAAUUGCACUAAAAAAAAAUAUUACUAGUGCACAUGAGCAGCACUGGCACUAUUUUCAGAGAAUCACAGAAUGUUAGAACUGGGAAGGAUUGUAGUGCAAUACAUUUGUUUUGCAGAUAAGGAAGCAGAGGCCCAGAGAGAUUAAAUAACUUUCCUCGAUUCAAAGAGCUAGAAAAUCGGUACAGAAAUAACAUUCCUUUCACUAUACCACUUUUAAUUUGUAAUUUUCUUUCUUGAAUUAACUUCAUGCUACAUUAGCUACAUUUUCUCAGUUAAAAAACACAAUUAUGAUUGCUAUUCAUAUUAUUUGGUACACUUAGGCUCUGUAUGGAAAAAAAAGAAAAAGAAAGAAAACUAGGUUGACAAAGUGAAAAUAAGGUGUUGAGCAUCUUUGGGCAUUGUCAUACCUGCUUCAGAACAAAAAUGGAGAACAGACCUAUUGAAUAUUUGAGAUGAAUAAGUAGACUGUUUUAGUCCUAAGAUCUGAACUUUAAUAAAGCAAAAUAUAUUAAGGAGUUUGCUUGUCUUCUGUUAAAUGACCUAAAGAAUGAAGCAUGUUCUGAAGAAAAUUCAUCUUUGUAAUACCAAGACUUCAUUAUAAAAUGCUAUGUCCAUUUAAUUGUAAUAAAUGCCUUUGAAUCCUUAUAGUUACAUCCACUGGUUUAAGAAUGUUUGAUAUUAACCUUUAUUUUAACAGAUGAUCAAACAACUUUUGAUUACGUGUAGUAUGCAGUUUUUCUUCAGCUUAAUGUCCUCUUCCUUCAUAUGCAAAAUGUAUUAUCAAAUGGUAAUAUUAUAGAUUAAAAUUCUGCAGCGCAUUUAAAAGAUAACAGCAAUAUCAGUGCUGUAGUCUAGUGUAUUUCCUUUGAGGUCAAUGAGAUAUUGUAGAAUUGCAUUUGAUUAAUUUGCUUGAAACAGCCAAAUCUUUUAAAAAGGAAGAGGUCUCAUUUUGAACAUGGUCUUUGAUUUCAGGUGCAAAGUUACAAUUGGGCAAACAAAUGCCAAGCAAAAAUUACUUAUCACUAAACUACAAUAAGUAAAUAUCAUUUUUUAUGCUCAUAUUUAACUUUUCUACUUAGUUUGAUGGAACAGGCCUUGAAGGUGAGAAGCGAGAAUGUAUUUUCAUAGGUGUGGAAGAAAGAGAAGCUAUGUGAGAAGAAUAAAAGUGUGAAUUGGGAAUAAAAGCUACAAAGAAUUUGGAGGAAAUUCUCAGGACAAAUUGUUCUACUAUUUUUCCAUCAGACUUAGACUUUAUGCUACUCUAAACCAAAUGCAUUUAAAUAUUCUAUAUUUCAUAAUUGUCCUCCCUUACCACAAUGAACCAUUACAAAGUAUUCAACAUGAAUUAGCCAUAACUUCUUGGAAGAAUUGCUUCUUGGAAGUACCUAUAGACACAGGGUUUCUUUGCCAUUAUAGUAGCUUUGUUCUGCAUCUGUUAACAUUCCACCUAUCUCUUUAGUGUAAAAUAUAAGGAAGUAUUUAAUGGUAUGUAUAUAAUAUGUUUGAUGGUAGAAUGUUCACUUUUCUUUUAUUAAAAUUCUAAGCUUGUCCUUUUG